UUUUGCCAAAUGUAUAAUCCAGCGAUGAGGCGAGCAGUGAGCAGUGUAUGGUCUAAGCUGCAAAGAUACAAUCUGUCAUGGCUCUCACACAGAACUCCCGUGUUGUACUGAAUGAUGGACAUAAAAUGCCGGUGGUUGGAUUUGGCACCUAUGCCCCAGAGACGUAUACCAAGGAACAGGGUUACGACAGCACAAAGGUCGCCAUCGAGGUCGGAUAUCGUCACAUUGAUGGCGCGUUUAUAUACGGCAAUGAGGUGGAGGUUGGUAAGGCCAUCAGAGAGAAGAUUGCGGAUGGGACAGUGAAGAGAGGUGACAUCUUCUAUACUGGGAAGCUUUGGGGUAAUAAUCACACCCCUGACCGGGUCCGUCCAGCUCUUGAGAAUACUCUGAAGGAUCUCCAGCUGGAUUACAUCGAUCUCUUCAUUAUUCACACACCUAUGGAUUUAAAGGUGGAAUGUCACAUAUACCUGAAUCAGAGUAAACUGCUGGAGUUCUGCAAGGACAAUGACAUUGUACUGGUGGGAUACAGCGUCCUGGGAUCCAGCAGAGCUGAGGGCUGGUAA